CUCUGAGGAGGCAGAUGGAAAGAUGAAGUCUUCCAUAUUGCUGCUCUGCCUGAGGGUCCUCUUCACCAGCGAUGGCAGAGUCCUGGCAAAGGAUCCUACCAAUGCUAUCAGGUAUGAGUCUGGAAACCAGGGAAGUCUGGCCAAUGACCCGGAUUAUACAAAUGACAAUGGAGUUUUAGUCCUAAAUCCGACCAACAAUCUACAGGACGCAAAUGAAGAAGGCUUAAAUCAAUUCAAGGAGUAUCUUGAGAACGCGCAAAUUGAUAUACUGAAUUUAUUACCCGAUACCCGAAAGAAAAAGAGGCAGCAAGGUCUGGAGGAAGCAUUGGCAACUUUAACUGGCAUGAAAUUGGCGAUUUCCCCUUUGGGAGAGGAUCUCGAAAGGAUUAAAAGUCAGCAAAUAGAAUUGAUUCGGAAACUUAAACACCAUGAUGAAUGGAAGUACUGGGCAGCAGCGGAAGUGCAGAAAGUGGGAGAUUCUACGAAUGGCCUUAGAACAUCAGAAGCUGUUUCAAUCACGGAAGAUUUCAACAAUCGCUAUGCCCUCCAAUUACGCAACUGUGUGGGUGAUUUUCUUUGGGAGCAGAUUCGUUUUAAUCUGGAUUUAAGCAAGAUCCUGAAAGGUCUGCAAAGCCCCACCAGCCAGUUGAUAGAAGCCGCUGAAACGUGUCCUAAUACCAAGGCCAAAACAUGCCGAAAGAAUGUGAGGAACGCUAUAAAUGGCCUUCAAAGUGCUCCACAGGACAUCAACAAUCUGUUGGAAGGAUCCGAUCAGUUGCAGGAAACCCAAAAGCAGAGUAACCAGUGCUUGGACAAAACUUUAAAGGAAUAUGCUGAGGAGCGGGCUGAAGUGGAAAGACAGUUGCAGGACAUUAUCGAUGAAUAUCUAGAGAGUAAGACACCUAACAAUUAGCAGGUGCACUAUAUGUAUACUUUAUAAAUAUUAAUUUCAAAGCAAACAAAUAGUAACAAAGAUGACAUAAGCAGGACUUCUUCAUUAACAAUUAUACUAAGCAUAGCAAAAUAAAAAGCUACAAAGCAA